AGCUCUACAGUCUUCGCUAGUGCAAGCGCUCAAGCAGUCUUCGAUUUGCACGCGUCUAACAAACAACGUACGUCUUUAGCGUCGCGUAUUUAUUACGAGUUUCUUGAAAAUACAAAACGAAGUAUCGUGCGUUCACGCAGCGCGUUUACUUCUACGCAAGUCCCAUACACAAUCCGGUAUAGCGACUGCACUUUGCAUUGCCCGCCCCUCAAAAAAUCGAGUUUGCUGUUGCUGCAGUCAAAUGUAAAUAAAACUUGAAUUGUUCAGUUUUGCUGCCCGCGCAUAGAAAACAAAAAAAAGCAAAAGAAAAACAUUUAAAAGGGUAGAAAACGAAAAAAAAAUUAUAAUAAAAUAACAACAAAGUGGUAGUGGAAGUGGUUUAAGUGGUCAGUUAGUUGGCGAUUUCGCGUUUCGAAACAUUUUUGCGUCAAAGCUUUGAAUUUGAAUUUGGAUUUGGAUACAUACGUCGACAUAUCUACAACCGCAGCGAAAGGUUAUAGAAAAGCAAUGACAUAAUGGAACCGAUGACCGCAUUGGUUUUGGCCUUCCAGCUAUUGGCACUCUUCUCCAUCGCCGGCGCGCUGCUCAUCUACCUGAUAUGCAAGGUGCGCGACGACACUGCCGAGGUGGCCGAGUCCCAGCCGGGCACAGUGCUCGUAACGAGCGCUGACACCGCGCUCGGCCUACAACUGUGCACGCAUCUGGCCAACAAGGGCUGUCGCGUGUUCGCCGGCAUGCGUGAUGCGCAAGACUCACUGCCCGCCAAGCUGUUGAAUGGUUGGCUGAAAAUGCGCGAGUACAACGAGGAGCCAGUGCGCGGUGCCAUCAUACCCAUGCAGCUGGAUGUGACGCGCGAGGACGUGCUACGCGAAACGACCAGCGCCAUGGGCGCGCACAUGAAUGCGGGCGAACGCGGCAUAGCGGCCGUGAUCAAUACGAGCGGCAGCCUCUUUCGUGGACGCGUCGAAGCGCAGGAGGCGCAACAGUGGGAGCAUAUGCUGAAAACGAAUAUUUUGGGCUCGUUGCGUGUGGCCAAAGCCUUCGUGGGCUUCUUGCGGCCGACGCGUGGGCGGCUCAUCUAUUUGGGCGCUGGUACAGGCGCAGGCGCUGAACAGGGCAGCGGCGACGGUUUGGUAGCGUUCAAUGCAUCGCGCGCCGCCGUCGAAAAGUGUGUGGACGAGUUGCGCAAAGAGUUGCAGCCGUAUGGUGUGCGCGUGGUGGCGCUGGACACAACUGGCAUCACAGCAGAGGCGCUAUACAGAGCGCCGUUGCCGCACGCGAGCACAGAGAGCGAGGGCGCACCGACACAAUACACCGCGGAUGUGCUGAGUGCGAACGCCUUGCAGGUGAUCGAACGCGCCUUGUGGGAUGUGGUGCCGCUGGAACGCUACCAAUUGGUGCAAAAUAGUAAAUUGAAUUUUAUGUUGCCAUGUCGUUCAUCGUUGCGUAUGACGAAAUUGGGUGGUGCUGUCAGCCGUGGCGUGCAGCGGGUUUAAGGGUUGAGGAGCGAGGAUAUUGAAUUAGCAACGGUUCUUAUUGUAGCAGUUGAAGGAUGUAUCUGUGGAGGAGCGCUUGUGCGCCUAUUGGAUAACAAAAUUUGGGGACACUCCAAAAAUUUGUUUUGAACAAAUAUACAAUUUUAUAUAAUUUUUUCGAUUUAAGAAAAUGUAAAGUUUACAUGGAAACUGCGGUAAAAUUUUUAACCAAAUAUAUUGACUAAAAUUUUACACAAUAUUUCGGAGUUAGAUGAAAAAAAAAACCAAUUAACAACUAGUUAUUCUCAUAUGAGCAAGAAUAAUUUGAGGUUAUGUUGGUUUAAUGUGCGAAAUUUGCGAAAAACGAGUUUCACUGGGUCUACCAUAGCACUUCCCAUGUAAACUGUCGUUUUAUAUUUUUAUUAAUAUAUACACAUAUACAUAUACAUAUAUAUAUAUAUAUAUAUAGUUAUACAUACAUAUGUAAAGUGCAACAUUGCUUUUGUAAAUAAUGAAAUUUAUAAUUAUA